CUUGUCUACCACUGGUUGAUAAAUCAAAUAAGCAGAAAUAAGCCAAUAUCCAAUUAAAGUUAGUUUAUGUGGUUUUGAAAUCGGAAACACGACAUCGCCUAAUGGUGGCUGCUGUUCCUUGGCGUUUUACAUGUGUGGCAGAUUAAAUUCUUUUAUCGGUUUCGUAUUGAUAAAUUAUAUCAAGGUGGUUAAACCACUUGAUGUUAAUUAAUGUGUGACUGUUAUUAAAGAAAUUGUUACGUCGUGCUUUGUAUUGUGAUUUGAAAAAUCUGAAGCGAGAUAAGGCUUCAUUGAUUCAAUAUCACCGUGUUGUCUAAGACUGCCUACUUGGCGGACGAGUAUUCCCUUCUUUCUGGGCAAGUGUAAUUAACUAAACCAGAUCGAGCGUACGAGAUAUCAUCGAUUACAUCCAGCGCGGUUGAGAUAGAACCAGAUACUACUGACUGAGUACGUCAGCGUUCAUAUUAAUGGAAAACAUUGACAUUGCCACGUCUAUGUUGCUAAUGAAGAUUGAUUUCCAAGCCCUUAAGAUUCUGGACUGACCAUUGAAGGAUAUUCUUGGUUUUGCUACACCAUUAAUGGAGCCGUAGCAUCAGCGCACAGCCGCGGAAUCGAGGCGUGUAUUCGAGUGCAACAUUCGAACCCGACUCAAGUUCCCACGUCGCCAACUGUGCCCCAUGGAGGCCAUUCCCAGCCAUCAGCGAACGUAUUUGAUCGGCAAUCGUUUCACAAACAAAGUGUUCCCGGGCCUCGUGCCCCACAUACAGUACCACCUCUGUCGCUCCAACACAAACAUGCUCUUGAAAAUAGAGAACGAACUCCUCCAAAGUCACCGCCAAAGAGAGACGACGGGCAUCAAAAAGUUGUACAACUCGUUCUUCGUACUCUUUUAAUCCUAUUCGCCGCGUUACGGUUCAACAAAAUCAUUCAUUUAUCAUUCAUCGUUCAUUCAGUGACUUUUAGUGUAGUGCGGGCGCUAUGGCCCGGGUGUAAUGGAAUCGUAUGAAGAAGACAGAGACUAUACAGGGCUUAUUAUGCAUGAGGGUCGCAAGGAGGACCCGUUCACGUGGGAGUCGUCAGUGAGGCUUACUCUCGUGGGUAGAGAGGAGGAGCUCGGGAUGUACCUGGAGGAGAGGGAGGGUCGCAAGAGGAAGUGGCAUCAGGGCGACGCCGACAGAACCAUGCGGCGUGAGGACGCCGAUGAGAAGGAGCCUAGGAAAGUGCCGCCAAAGAAAAUUAUGGCGUCUCUUGGGGAGAUGGGUGGCAGCGGCACGAGCUCGUCAUCCUCGCACCUGUCUCCCGGCUGGCAGGUCAACGACCUCGAUCUAGAUCUGCCCGGAGAACUGUCAAUGAACGAGGCUCUGUUGUCGCUGCCGUCGCUCUCGGUGUUCAAGCAGGAGGCGCCAUCACCGACAGGUGCUGUGGUGUCUCCGCCGCGGCGCGCCUGGCCCUGCGCACGACGUAUCGACGAUAGACAGAUAACCAGCAUGGUGGUGGACAACGUGAACCGCGAGGGUAUGGAGGAAUCCUGCCAGCAGUCACCGCCACACAACAACGCCGUCAUGCCGCAUCAAUCGAAUAGUCCGGAGAUGCAGUGCCAGUCUCUGCAGGCUGGAGCGCUGGUGCCCAUGACCGGAUACCACUCGCCCGGCAUGCACGAGAAUAAAAAUCCAGGUCUGCUGAUGUGCUCGCCAGUCAGUUCUCUGGACGGUUUCCUGCACUCUCCCAUACAGCGCAGUGAGCCCAGCUUCAAGGAUGACACCAGGUUCCAGUACGUGUUAGCUGCAGCGACAUCUAUCGCGACCAAACAAAACGAGGAGACACUCACAUAUCUGAACCAGGGCCAGCCUUAUGAGAUCAAACUUAAGAAACUCGGAGAUCUGUCACAUUAUAAAGGAAAAAUAUUAAAGAGCGUGAUAAAGAUCUGUUUCCACGAGCGCCGGCUGCAGUACAUGGAGCGCGAGCAGAUCGCGCAGUGGCACGCUGACCGACCCAGAGAACGCAUCGUAGAGGUGGACGUGCCUCUAUCGUAUGGUGUGAUCAGAGUGGAGCAUCCUGCCAGUCUCAACGCGCUGCAUGUGUUGUGGGACCCCACCAAGGAUGUUGGAGUUUACAUCAAGGUAAACUGCAUAUCGACGGAGUUCACAGCGAAGAAGCACGGCGGUGAGAAGGGCGUGCCAUUCCGCAUACAAGUGGAGACAUACCUUGCUAGUGAUGACGUCACACGGCUGCACGCCGCCGCUUGCCAGAUUAAGGUGUUCAAGCUGAAAGGUGCAGACAGGAAACACAAACAGGACCGCGAAAAAGUGCUGCGUCGUCCGCGUGCUGACCACGACAAGUACCAGCCCGGCUGCGACGCCACCGUACUCACCACGCUGUCAAAUGACGCCAUGAUGCCACCACCUUCUCUGGUCACCACUUCACCUCCGUACUCACCGGAACUGUGUUUGGCCCCUAAGUCUGUUACAAGUCCUAUGGUGGUGAACAAACCUACACUGCAACAACCUGCUAUUCUUGCUACAACCAACCAGAUGAAACCAUUGUAUUGUCAAGAUGGUGGAGAUGUGAAAGUGAGCACACCACCGUGCCACUCACCUGACACUAUCUUGCCUGAUUUGCCGCAGCCAGCUGAGGAUCCUGACAAGAGCGGUGGUCUGUCAAAGGAGGCAUCAUCAGCGGAGACACAGGCAUGGCUGUCGCGACACCGCUUCUCCCAGCAUGCCCCCACAUUCGCCAACUUCUCUGGCGCGGAUCUAUUACGAUUGUCCCGUGAUGACAUUAUCCAGAUCUGCGGCCUGGCUGACGGGAUACGUCUGUUUAAUGCAUUACACGCAAAGCGCAUCGAGCCUCGGCUGACGGUGUACGUGUGCCCGGCUGGCGGCGGUGUGUACAGCGCCCUCUACCUGCACGCGUGCAGCGCGCGCGACCUGGUGCACAAGCUGCGCCCCCUGCUGCACCCCGCACACAACAGCCCAGCUGACAAGGACGGCGACACAGUGCUGGUGCUGGGUCCUAACGGCGCCCGUGUGCGUCUGACUGACGAUCUGGUGCGCCACAUGCCCGACCACAGCACUUACCGCCUGCAGCGUCUUGACGACGGCACCCUGCUGCUUAGUGCUACAGACAACUGACUAUGACGUCGCAUCAAUGAUAACGUGACGUCACGACAAUGUGAGGACAACGUAACGUCAAUACCAGAGAUCUUUACCCGUAGCUGAGAGACGUCAACUUGACAGUGAAAUCUUGUAACCGGUGAUAUAAUUUUUCACAUCCCCUGUAUGUCUUUUAGUAUUUUACAAGUAUGUAUAAUUACGAAUGGAUUCGAUGAAGCUUUUUGUAAAGUGGUCAAUGACGCCACUGUCGCGGUAUGACCGUACAUUUAAUAUGUACUGACCUCUGUUAAUGGACAGGCUAUAAACCGUGGCAUUGUGUGCAUAUUUGAUUCUGGUGCUGAGGAUUCGAACUAAUAAUGGAAAAGAUGAACAGGUGUACAACGAACCAAACAAUUGCUUAGUUGUAGAGAUCAGAGGGUCAUAUGUGAAAAUAAUUUUUGCCACUUUUGAAUAAUUUGUACUGUUAUGUUGACUUAAGUUUAAUGGCAUUAAAGCCUUUAUUUUAUUUAAGCAUCUAGUUAUUAUGAUAAAGCACAGUAUGUGCGUUUAAUUUUGAUUUUGCUAGUAUCCAACAAUUACCAAACCUUAGUGGUUUUUUAAUAGUGAAUGAAACUAAGUUUGUUAGUUGUUACUUGUUGUGUUUUAAACUUUAUUGUUACCGAUAUUAUUAUGUUAUAAAUUCAUCAUCCCAAUCGUAAUCAAUUCUUUAACUCGAUGCCAAAAUGUAUAAGGAAAAGAUAUUUUUAAGAAAUGGCUAGAUUUUUUUUUUGUUAGAUAAUAACCUAAUACUGGUAGAACAUAUAAUAAAAUCUCACAAAAAGUGGAUUAAAGAAAGUUAAUAAGAAGACAAAAAUGGACCAAUUUUCUUUUAGCACACAUUGAUAUUUCGAUUA